CCAACGGUGGGAAGCUUGUCCCCGCAUCUCAUCACACCACACCCAGCCAAGCAACCGGAGAUAAGUCUACGCAACCGACUCAGACAGAUUGCAUGCGUGUCUUUCUGCCUAGCGCUUAGAAAUCGUCUCGCCUGUCUUACAAAUCCAUCUGAAGCUCGAGCUCCCCCAAUUGGGGGAGCUAUCACCUAGCCCUAGCUGGUUUUCCCCAGUUUCUUCCUCCACAUCGGACCAAACACUCUUGAUCCAGAGAUUCAAUCCCUAGCCACAUACAGUGUAGAGUACUCAGCGAUGGCACCUUUUACCGGCCUACGGGCCGCAUUGACACAAAUUUACCCCCCAAAGCCCGUUUUCACCGAAGCCGAUGUUCCCGCCGCCUCGCUGCAGGGCCAGGUGUAUAUCGUGACCGGUGGCAAUGCGGGGAUCGGUCUGGAGCUGGUUAAGAUCCUCUAUGCCGGUGGCGCUACAAUCUACAUAGCAUCUCGUUCCAAGGCCAAAGUCGAUGCCGCCAUUCAAGACAUCACAAGCCAGUCAUCCAACACCCCAGCCACCAGCGGCAAACUCAAGUUCCUGCAUCUGGACCUCAACGAUCUAAAGACCGUGACAGCCGCGGCCGCCAGCUUCGCGGAGCAGGAGUCCAAGCUGGAUGUGCUGUGGAACAACGCCGGCACGGGCGCCAACACGGUCCCUCUCGGCGAACGCACCGCGCAGGGGUUCGAGCUGUUCAUCGGCCGCCACUGCAUCGCGACCUUGCUCUUCACCCAACUGCUCGUCCCGCAACUCCGCGCCGCUGCGGCCGCCUCCCCCAGCAAGGGUCAAACGCGCGUGAUCUGGACGUCGAGUGCGCUGGCGGAGGUGGGCUCGCCGCCCAACGGCAUCGACUGGGCGGUCAUCGACCAAGGGACCAACAAGCUAGCGCAGAACUAUGGGGUGUCGAAAGCGGGCACCUGGUUCCUCAGCCGGGAGUUCGCGCGGCGGUACAAGAAGGAUGGGAUUGCCAGUGUGUGCUUGAACCCGGGCUACCUGAAGACGGCAUCGUUCAACGGGACCCCGGCCCUCGUCAUGUUUAUCAUCAACCGGGUCAUGCUCUCGGAGCCCAUCUACGGGGCGUAUACAGAGCUGUUUGCGGGGCUGUCGCCCGAGGUCACGCUCGAGACCAGCGGGGCGUAUAUCAUCCCCUGGGGACGAAUUCGGCCGGACACGGCCACGGGGCGGCAGGAUCUGAUCAAGGCGGGCGACUCCAAGGAGGAAGGAGGAUUGGGGUAUGGGGAAAAGCUGUGGGAUUGGUGUGAGAAGCAGUGGGUGCCAUAUGUCUGAGGAUGGGGCCGGGCCGGGGAGGGGGAGGGG